GUGGUCCGUGGUAUCCAUUCUUCCCACGAUUUAAGAUAUCUUAAAUCGUGAUUCUUCCAUAGUUCUAUUAUCUAUGCCUUAUGGUGAUAUAAAAUCUUAGUUGAUAAUUUAUUUUUCAGUUAUUCAAGUUCAAUAAUAAAACUAUAAAAGUAAACUUUAUACUUGUAUUAGUGACUUGUAUAGGCUAUACUUGUAUACUAUAUUACUACUACCGUUCACGUUUAAAAAUGUUCAUAUUUUGAAUUUUUUUAAAAGUGGUUUAUGUAUUAUAUAGUAAAUUGUUGCUCUCCAACCGAAAUUGAGUUUUACUUUACUAUACAUUUAAGUUAUGUCUCAUUCUAAAUCUAAUACCACUUUCAUAAUUUUUAAAGCUUAUUCAGAAGAAAAUGAGCCAAUAGAUCCAUACAUAACUAUUUUAAAAAAUCAGGGAUAUGAAACUCAGUUAGUCCCCACUUUAGAAUUUGAAUAUCAUAACUUUGAUGCGCUUAAUCACAAACUACAAAAGCCACAAGAUUAUUCUGGUAUGGUAAUAACUAGUCCAAGAUGUGCAAGAGGAAUCAUCAAGAGUUUGACCGGUAGUAAGCUAGAUGAAAAUUGGCAGAAAAAACCUGUAUUUGUUGUAGGAGAAACAACAGCUCGGCUAAUAAACAAAGAACUCGGUCUUGAGCCAAUUGGGGCUGAUAGUGGCAAUGCUACAGCUUUAAUACCUACUAUUUUAAAAUAUGAAUUAAGUAAACCUUUAUUAGCUCCAUGUGGAAAUCUAAACAUUAAUAUACUAUCGGAUAGUAUAAAAUCUGUUAAAUUUGAGAAUAUAGAAGUUUACCGAACUAUACCACAUAAUAAUUUAAAGACAAAUUUAAAUAUGGUGUUGAAUCAAACUAAAAACCAAAUAGGAGUUAUUUUUUUUAGUCCUUCUGGCUUUCGUGCAAUAUUAGAUUUGAUGCCCAAACAAUUAUUUAGUCAAUUACAUAUUUUUGCAAUUGGCCCUACCACAGGUGCUGCUAUUAAGGAAGCUGGUUAUAUUUUAACUGGGGCAUGUGAAAAACCAAAACCAGAGUCUAUGUUAGAGAUGAUACAGACAUUUAUUGAAUAAUACUAUACUGAUACUGAUUUAUCAAAAUUAAUAUAUAAUACAAAUUUACAAAAUAAUAAAUAUAUCCUAAAUAACAUGGAAAAUAUUAUA